UUGGGGGACCACUCUGAAGUUGUUAAAUGGGAAGCUGGUAUGGAUACUGAAGUUCUGUUUUCUCUCCCUCCUACCGCACAGACAGUUGCAGACAUGUACUGGAGUGGAACUUGGGAUCUUUGAAGAGAGCAUGUGUCUGAAUCUGAAGUCAACUUGGGACAUUACUCAGCCUUCAGGAGACGGGUGGCAUUGCUUCUCAACUCAUAGAGAGAUUGCAAGUGCGGAAUGUAUGUUGACGGUCGUUCCUGGCGACUGAAGCGAGAAAUUUGCAGUGCAGAAGUUGGACCAUCUUAGCCCAGUAAAUAACUGCCACUUCUUGCUCUCCUGGACUGCUUAAGGUGAAGUGAAGGUAACAAAGACGCAGAAAUGGAUGUGUUUGGUGGUGCACCGCGUUUCUUGGCCUAUCCAAGACCUGUGGUGGUGAAAAGUGGAACUGAUGCAGUCCUGAAGUGUCAAAUUGGUGGUGAUCCAAGGCCUGCAGUUAUCUGGGAGCGAAACAAUGAAAAGAUUGACCCACAAGGACGAUAUAGGGUCUUUGAGGACGGAAAUGUUUACAACCUCAUCAUUUCAGCUGUGACCACAGAAGACAGUGGCCAGUAUAUAUGCAAAGCAAAGAACAGCAUUGGGGAAACAUAUGCAGCAGCCACACUAAAGGUGGAAGGUGAGGCACAAGAGAUGGAGCUAAGAGAGGAAAAUAAGCCACGAUUCCUCAUCAAGCCCCUCUCCACGCGUGCGGGUCGUGGAGAAGAUGCUGUCUUCUCUUGUAAGCUCUGGGGUAACCCACGACCAGAAGUUGUCUGGGAAAAGGAUGGCAGGAAACUCAAUGAAAUAUUUGAAAGCACACAUUUCAGUGUGAGCUACCAGGACGGUGGAUGGUUCCAGCUCAAGAUCUUUAAAACUCGCGCACCAGAUGGUGGUGUGUAUACAUGCAAAGCCAGGAAUGAAUUUGGGGAAGCAUUGGCAGGGGCUGUUUUGCUUGUUGAUGCAGGGCCAGGACAUGAGGAAGAUGGAAAUCGCAAUGGCUACACAAAUGGACACUGGAAAGCCUACCAGGGAAAACAGAAGAGCGGUAGGCAAGUGUCAAAUCGACUCAAAGAUGACACAAUGACUAAGUCAACUAAAGUAAAAAUGUUUGCAGUGACAGAGGGCAAACAUGCCAAAUUCCGCUGCUUUGUGACUGGUAAACCCAAACCAGAAAUAAUUUGGAGGAAAGACGGCAGGCUGAUACUGUCUGGAAGGCGUUAUUUGUUAUAUGAGGACAGAGAAGGAUACUUCACACUUAAAGUUCUGUACUGUAAACAGAAGGAUAACGGAGUUUAUGUUUGUGCUGCAUCAAAUACUGCAGGGCAAACCCUCAGUGCCGUACACCUCUCCGUAAAGGAGCCGCCUGUGCGGUUCAAGCAGCCUCUCAUUGAUCUGGAAGUAUGGGAACGAGAUUUGGCUGUUCUUGAGUGUGAAGUUCCAGAGGACUCUGUUCCCAUCACAUGGUAUCUUGAGGAUAGACGGCUGCAGCCAGGGGCCAAAUAUGGAAUGGAGGAGUGGGGAACAAAAAGGCGACUAACUAUCCGUGACAUCGGAGUUGAUGAUGAUGGGAUUUACCUCUGUGAGAUGCCCGAUGGUGGUAGAAGCAUUGCAGAGGUAGCCGUAAAAGGUACAAUUUUGCGGAAGCUUCCAAGAAAAGUGGAUGUCCUGGAAGGCGAAAAUGCUGCCUUUUGUGUUGAAGUGGAAAAAGAAGAGAUGGACAUACACUGGUACAAAGACGGCAUAGAGCUGCGUGAAACCCAUCAGACCAUUCUUAAAUCCUUUGGUCGAACUCACAUUCUGGUUUUCGUCAAUACAAUGCCCCAAGACUCUGGCCUUGUGACUUUCCUUGUAGGCAGAUCGAAGACUUCCUCUCAGUUAAGAGUGAAAGCGGCCAGACAUUGUCCUCCCAGUUGUCCAGUGGGUGUGCAGAUCAACACAGAGCGUGCAAAUGCUGCUCUUCUGUCAUGGGUUCCUGCUCAGGACUCGCGAAAGAACCCUCCGUCUGGAUACGUGCUUGAGCGUCAAGAGGUGGGCACUGGCUCACAGGAAUGGUUACAGUGCCUCACGACUGACUCUGCAACCUCUGUGGAGAUCCUUGGUGACAGUGUACCAUGUGAGGCAGAUUAUCGAUUUCGCAUUUGCAGUGUAAACAAAUAUGGAAAGAGCAACAAUGUUGAGUUCCCCAGAGCUGUUCACUUGGUUCCUGUGGCCAGAAUACAAGCUCCCUUACAGGAUGCCUUGGUGCCUGAGGGACAAGAUGCCAUCUUCUCCAUUGAGCUCUCUGCAUCAGUUAUUGGUACAUGGUUCUUAAAUGGUACACAGCUCCAGGAGGAUGAACGUUUUUCCAUGCGUCGGUCACGAACACACCAAUCUCUUCGCAUCCGAGGAGUACGCGAUACAGAUAACGGAGCUGAGAUUACAUUUAUUGCCUAUGGUAUCCGGGAUUCUGCAGCACUGUACAUUCAAGCUCCUCUUGUCAAGUUUUCAUCACUGUCAGAAAUGGAUCGAAACAAAUUUGUAGAAAUUGGGAACCCCAUUGUGCUCUACUGUGAGCUGUCAGACCCUGCAGCUCCAGUGCACUGGUACAAGAAUGGGGUGGAAUUACAAACAAUGGAGGGUCUUCAUAUCCAAUCAGAGGGCACCAUGAGAAGAAUUGUGAUCCAGUCAGCAGAGUUCUCACAUUCGGGGGUGUAUUGCUGUGAUGCCAUUGAUGAUGUCAUCAGGUUCAAUGUGGAAGUAGAGGCACCACCGGUAACAUUUGCUGAUAUCCCGGAGGAGGACCUUUUCAAGAGUGUUGUCGAAAAAGAACAGCUUGUUCUGUCAUGCGAAGUAUCGAGGACUGAUGGUGUUGUCCAGUGGUACAAAGAUGGAACUGAAAUGCAAGCAAGCAAUAACAUUACAAUGCAAGCAGAGGACACCAAAAGAAAUUUGACUAUACAUUCAGCCCAACUGUCCAACACAGGGACAUACACAUGCCGUGCAGGAGAUAACGUUUUAAUCUUCAAGGUUACAAUACGAGAACCUCCAGUGAUGAUAGUCUACCCUAAAGAGGAUGUCCACCUUGACCGCCACGUCCCUGAUGAAAUUAUUCUUAGCUGUGAGUUGUCUCGUCCCAAUGGUGUUGUCAGCUGGUACAAAGAUGGCCAAAAGCUGCAAGAGAGCGAGAACAUCAAGCUCAAGAUUGAGGGUCCUUAUCGACGACUGAAAAUCCUUUCUAGUGGAGUCGAAGAUUCCGGAGAAUAUGUCUGUGAUACAGCUGAUGAUUCAAUAUUCUUUCACCUUAGUAUUACAGAACCUCCAGUGCGAAUUGUAUCCCCAAGCCAGUCACAAAUGGAACUGUGCCAGCAAACCUCUGAGAGGAUGGUACUGAGCUGUGAGAUCUCACGGCCCAAUGCAGUGGUGCGCUGGUAUCGAGAUGGACUCGAAGUGGAGGAGAAUGACAACCUUAUUCUGGAGGUGGAUGGUGUCUACAGAAGACUCAUUAUACCCGAAACUACUGUCAAAGAUUCAGCAGAAUAUGUAUGCGAUACAGCAGACGAUUCCAUGACGUUCUUUGUAAACAUAGCAGAGCCUCCUGUUCGCUUCUUACGCCCAAGGAAGACUGCAAGUAGAGUAGAGAAAGUGGCUGGGGAGACUGUGGUUCUAGACUGUGAAGUUUCAAGAUCAAAUGCCGAAGUCACCUGGAAGAAAAAUGGGGAAGAAGUAGAAGACUCCAGAAAUAUCACCGUCCUUGAAGACGGUGUUAUGCGUCAAUUAACCAUUCACUGUCUAACAGUGGAGGAUGCUGGGCAAUAUGUCUGUGAUGCAAAAGACGAUGUGAUGGAUUUCCAUGUGAACGUGCAAGAGUUGCCUGUAAAAAUUCUUGGAAAAUCCAACGCAAAAACAGAAAAGCUGUUCUUAGUGUCAGAUGACAUUAUUCUUGUGUGUGAACUCUCAAGAUCCAGUGUUUCAGUGAAUUGGUAUAAAGAUAAUCAGCUUAUUGAUGACACGGAGCGAUACUGUAGUGAGGAGCAAGGUGUUUUCCGAUCACUGGUUGUCCUAAAUGCUGGGCUCCAAGAUUCUGGAGAGUACACUUGUGAUGCAGGAGAUGAUAAGAUGGUCUUCUACAUCACUGUCAAAGAGCCUCCAGUGCAGAUCAUUGGAAACUCAGGUCACCCAGAGCAUCAUAUUCUGGUAGCAGGAGAUGACCUUAUUUUGGAGUGUGAAGUGUCUCGGCCAAAUGCCACUGUUCAGUGGUUAUGGAAUGGCGAGAUACUGAAACCAGAUACACGUAUAAAAAUUGACAGCCAUGAUGUUGUGAGAAAGCUCGUUCUCUCUGGGCUUCAGCCCUCAGACUCUGGAGAAUACAUUUGUGAUGCCAUCGAUGACAAAUUAAUAACAAUUGUUGAGGUGCAAGCUCCCCGUGUUGUUGAGUUCAUAGCAGAGCUUCGUAACAUCACAGUCCGUGAAGGAGAAGAUGCAGUAUUUAAGUGUGUGGUUUCACCAGUGGACACUCAGUUGGCGUGGCACUUAAAUGGCAAGCAAGUAGCUCUGAAUGAGCGGACUGUCAUUUCAAGCAAUGGACUAUGCCACAUGCUCUGCAUCCACAACUGCACGGUUUCAGAUAGUGGCAGAGUGACAGCUGAUGCAGAGGGGUUGGUAUCAGAAGCAGAACUACAGGUUCAAGAGCAACAGGUGAUGUUCACCAAGAAAAUGGCACCAGUUUCUGCUGAAGAGUACAGUGAGGUAAUUCUAGAGGUGGAGGUGAGUCUGGAUUCAGGAGAGGUGCAGUGGAUGAGGCAAGGGGUGCUGAUCCACCCCGAAGCUAAGUAUACCCUGAAAAACAAGGGCCGAAAACACAGUCUCACCAUACACAAACUGGCUGUGUCUGACCGGGGCACCUACAGCUGUGAAACCCUCCAUGACCGCACGCAAGCCCAGCUAACAGUGGAACCUCGAAAAAUCACAAUCAAGAGGGGAUUGACUGACAUUAAAACCACAGAGAGAGAAACGGCCUCCUUUGAAGUGGAGCUCUCACAUCCCAAUGUGCCAGGCACUUGGAUGAGAAACGGAAUCCAGCUUAAGCCGACAAACCACUUCCGUAUGAGUGCCAAAGGACAAGUUCACAGCCUCACCAUCUCUAAUCUAUCAGUAGAAGACACUGGCACCUUUACAUUCAGUGUAGAGAAUCUGAAGACGUCUGCAAGGCUUGUUGUGAAGGAGCCCCCAGUGACUAUUUUCAGAAAACUGGAGGACCAGAAAUUCUCUGAAGGAGCAGUAAUCUCUAUUGAGUGUGAGCUGUCGAGACACAAUGUCAAUGUAAAAUGGAUUAAGAAUGGGGUUGAGGUGAAGCCAGGGAAGGACUUGCGGAUUUAUGCAAUGGGGAGAAAACGGUUUCUUCAGAUCAUGAAAUGUCAUGUCAGUGACUCUGGCAUGUAUACCUGCGAUGCUGGAGAUGCUAUUACAUCCUGCACUGUGGAGGUCUACGAGCGUGAGCUAUUGAUCCUGCAGGGCCUUGAGGAUCUGGACAUCCAGGAAGAUCAGAAUGCCGUGUUUGUGUGCGAGAUCUCAGUGGAGGAUGUGCCAGGAGAAUGGUACAAAAAUGGGGAGAGGAUACAACCCACCAGCACCAUCAAGAUCCGCCAGGAAGGGACCAAACAUUUUCUUCUUAUGUGCAAUGUGCGAGCAGAGGACUCUGGAGAGAUCAAGUUUGUUGCCAGACAUGUUGAAUCUGCCGCUUACCUGGAGGUGGAAGAGAUUCCUGUCAACAUUGUAAAACCUCUACAGGAUAAGACCGCCCUUGAGAAGACCCGUGUUAUCCUAGACUGCACAGUGUCUAACUCCAGAUGUAGUAUCCGCUGGUACAAAGGCUGCAAUGUCAUCCUGCCCUCGGAGCGCUUCGAGAUAUGCAGUGAAGGCUGUUAUCGCAAACUGGUCAUCCAGCAGGUGGCACUAGAUGAUGAGGGCACAUACAGUGUCCAGGUUGGAGAGCACACAUGUUCUGCAAAACUGACAGUGGAGGCCCAGUCUUUAUUGAUGGUCAGAGAGCUGAAAGACGUGGAGGUCAAGGCCCCCGAUGAAGCCUGCUUCGAAUGUGAGGUGUCGGUGCCUGUCCUCAAAGCUCCUGUGUGGAGUCUGAACGGGGAGCCCUUACAGCCAAGCCCUCAGGUUCUCCUGGAGAAGAUGGGCACAGUCCACAGACUGACCCUCCGACAAACCUCCCCGGACAUGAACGGAGUGGUGGAGUUCAGCUCUGGGAAAACAAAGAGCAGAGCCCAGCUUCAGGUGCUGAGUGAUCCCUGAUGACAUCUCCCAUCUGUCAUCACCUAAUUGACAUGGAUUGAUUGUUUCAUUGAUGCUUUCAAGUUGUAUUAUUGAUAUUGUUAUAUUUACAUACAGUCUAUAUAAGUGGUUGAAACAGGGUUAUGAUGGAUUUUCAUGCAGUUUUAUUAUAGUGUGUGAAGAAAUAUUUCAAAGCAGCUCCUUUAUCAUUAAGACAAAUUGCAGUUUGAUUGUAAAUAACGUCCUGUGUGAAAGUGUUUUGACUGUAACCGUGUUAUGAAGGUUGGAGCUGAAUGUGUAUUGGUGCCAAUAGAUACCUGAUUUAAAUAUUGUAAAAAUCAAAGGGCUUCAGUAGUGGGAAGAACUACAAGCAUAUGGUUAGCUUCAUACAGUUAGGAGUUCUACAUAGGUUGAAUGUAACUUACCCAUAAUACAUGUGUGGUAUUAUAAAGUCUUUUUCCAGACUUUGUUUGCUCCAGAUGCAAACUUUGCAAUUCUGCCAUGUUUUAUACAAUAUAACUUGAUUUACACUCAGUGUAUUUUCCCAUAUAUCAGAGCAUGGUUUUGUGUGGCUGCUGUGACAAUGACCCAGAUUUGUUUUGGCUUCGAGAGCAAUAACACCAGCAUCAGUUAUUUACCACAUAGGAGACACAUUUGGUUCCAAUUGACUCCCCCCUUGUAUCCAUAUCAUCAAAUUUAGGUUUUAGAAUGAAUCAUCCGAGUAACAGUUCAUUCAAUUUCACAUUUAACGCCUAUUUUCAUCAUUUGUCUAUUGUAUAGAAAUAAUUUUGUAUGUUUUGAUGAAAAGUUUAAAGGGAAAAAAAAAAAUCUGCCUUGCAGGAAGUGGCUUGUCAUGUAAAUAUAUUGGGCCAAAAAUCAGGUAAUUUAGGAAAGAAAUAGGUUACAAAAAUUACUUGAUCACCUUGAUUGAUGCUUGAUUUGUUGAAAUGCUUGUUGAGUGAACAUUGGAAACUUAUUGGAGAUUGAUAGUUGUUUUCAUAUGAGAUCUGUUCCAUAUUCCAUUUUUCCAUUUGACUUGUUUCCACCUCUGCCAUGUUGUGUUGAGCGUUAGGUAGGUGGGGAAAAAAGUACU